CGAGUAUCAUUAAAAUCAUAAUUCAUGAAGGCCGAAUCUUAGGAAGAGUCACGGAGAGAGGUGUGGAAGGCCCAAUGGUAUAUAAGCGUAACAAAUGUGGUACAGAGCAUCAUACAACCUCGAGACCUCCGAGAGACAACAUGAAAGCAUUCUUGGUGUUAGCAGCCGUUGCGGCAAUUGGCUCAGCGAGGCCUGAGGCUGGGUACAGCUACAAUGCACCCGGCGGAGGCCACGGGGGAAGCCUAGGCGGCGGCGGCGGAGGCCAUGGCAUCGGAGGAGGUCUUGGUGGUGGCCACGGCGGUGGCUUCUCGUCCGGUGGCGGAUUCUCUUCCGGAGGACUGAGCUCCAGCAGCUUCGGCAUUGGAAGCGGCCUCGGCGGUGGAGUCGGUGGUGGAUUCUCGUCUGGUGGAUUCUCAUCUGGUGGAUUCUCGUCCGGUGGUUUCUCAUCCGGUGGAGGCGGAUUCGGAGGUGGCUUCGGAGGCGCCCCGAUCGUCCAGAAACACAUUUACGUCCAUGUCCCACCCCCAGAACCUGAAGAACAACGCCCACAAAUCAUCAGCGGUGGCGCCAUCCCCCAGAAACACUACAAGAUCAUCUUCAUCAAGGCCCCAGCACCUCCCGCACCUGUCGCCCCCAUCAUCCCAGCUCAAGCCCAAAACGAAGAGAAGACCCUGGUCUACGUGUUGGUCAAGAAACCCGACGAACAGCCCGACAUCACCAUCCCAACUGCUGCCCCAACUCAACCCUCAAAACCAGAGGUUUACUUCAUCAAAUACAAGACCCAGAAGGAAGGUGGCUCCAUUGGUGGAGGUUCUAUUGGCGGCGGUCUUGGUGGUGGUCUUGGCGGUGGAAUCGGCGGUGGCAUCUCUGGCGGUAGCUUCAGCAGCGGUAUUUCUGGUGGUAGCAUUGGAGGUGGUCACGGAGGCAGCAUCGGAGGUGGUAGCAUCGGAGGUGGCAGCAUCGGAGGUGGACACGGAGGCAGCAUCGGCGGUGGACUCAUCUCAAGCGGCCACGGCUCGUCAGGAGUCAGCACCUCGUACGGACCCCCUGGUCAGUCCGGCCCAUACUAACAGCACCACGAGUGCCCCAUGUGAUAAUCUUCGCCGGCGACGAACCUAGUUUAUAAGUAGUGAAAAAAAUUACGGUGCCUAAAUGUAUUUAUGUAAAUAGUAAUUUUAAUGUCUAAUUAUAGCUGUAUCAUAAAUAUUUUUGCAUAAAAAUAUCGAUAAAUACUA